AUGGAGAUUGGAGAUAUAACAAACCUUGCAAGUUUUGACCUUUCUUACAACAAUUUCUCCGGCAUGAUUCCAAGCACCAUAGGGAAAUGUUUGGCCUUGGAAUUACUUUACAUGCAACACAAUUCAUUUGAAGGGUCCAUCCCGUACAUAGCUGACUUACAAAACCUACGGGAGCUAGACCUUUCAAGAAACAACUUAUCAGGAGAAAUUCCACCUUGGACUAUGAAUCUUUCCUCCCUACUGUACCUGAAUCUUCCAGACAACAAUUUAGAGGGUGAGGUUCCCGUCCAAGGAGUAUUCUCAAAUUCAACCGCAUUACAAGUUGAGGGGAAUCCCAAGCUUUGUGGUGGAAUCCAAGAGUUUGAUUUACCACCUUGCCCGAAGCAAGAAAACAAUAGAACAAAGAGGAAGCGUCUUACACCCGUUCUGACUACAAUUAUCAGUAUUGUUUUAUUUGCUGCAAUAGCAUGUUUUCUGCUUUCUAUGUUUUUUAUUAAAAGAUCCAGAAAACGAAGAGAUGCAACAUCUACAUCUGGGCAUCUCAUCUUCCCCAUGAUUACAUAUAAGGAGCUUCAUGAUGUAACUAAUGGUUUUUCUUCAGAUAGGUUGUUAGGAUCAGGCAGUUUCGGCACUGUGUACAAAGGAAUUCUUCACUCAUCGAAUGAAAAUCCAGUUGCAGUCAAGGUACUCAACCUCCAAAGUCACGGUGCAUCUAAAAGCUUCAUGACUGAAUGCCACGGCUUGAGAAACACCCGGCAUAGAAACCUGGUGAAAGUCAGAACUGCAUGCUCCAGCAUUGACAUCAAAGGAAAUGACUUUAAGGCCAUAAUGUAUCAGUUCAUGGAAAAGGGAAGCUUGGAGGAGUGGUUACAUCAAGAAUACUGCAAUGAGUAUGGCAUGGGUGCUGAGGUCGCCGUAACAGGAGAUUUGUAUUGUUAUGGGAUCCUAUUGCUGGAGAUUUUCACUGGAAAAAGACUGGCAUUACCAGAUCAAAUAAUGGAUAUUGUUGAUGGAUCCGCUCUCUGUGGAGAAAUGACAGGAGAGGAUGCUAACAAGAAUAUAAGUAGUGAACAGAUCAAGUGCUUGGUUUCUAUUUUCCAACUUGGGCUAGCAUGCUCAGCAGAAACACUACAAGAGAGAAUUAACAUGGAGCAAGUUUACAGGGAAUUAAUAAUAAUCAGAGACCGGUUUCUGAAGUAA